AUGUCGGAAGGAGUUGAUACACAUAUAUUGAGAUAUUAUGAAAUUCAAAAACGGUUGGGCAAAGGUGCUUAUGGCAUUGUGUGGAAAGCGACGGAUAAACGAACCAAAGAAAUUGUCGCAUUGAAGAAAAUCUUCGACGCAUUUCGAAACCAAACUGAUGCCCAAAGAACGUAUCGAGAAAUCGUUUUUCUACGAGAAUUCGGUGAACAUCCGAAUGUCAUUCGAUUACAUAAUGUUUUACGUGCGGAUAACGAUCGAGAUAUCUAUCUCGUUUUUGAAUCUAUGGAGGCUGAUCUUCACAAUGUUAUACGCAAAGGAAAUAUUCUUAAAGAUACACAUAAACGCUAUGUGAUCUAUCAGCUAUUAAAAGCAAUGAAGUACCUUCAUUCGGCAAAUGUUAUUCAUCGAGAUAUGAAGCCGUCGAAUGUUUUGGUCAAUCAACAGUGUCGAGUUAAGAUUUGCGAUUUUGGCUUAGCACGAUCGUUAAAUCAUGUUUACGAAGAUGUUCAACAUCCGGCCAUGACGGAAUAUGUUGCUACAAGAUGGUAUCGUGCACCGGAAAUUCUUCUCGCUUCAUCAAAAUAUACUAAAGGUGUCGACAUGUGGUCGAUCGGCUGUAUAUUUGGUGAAAUGUUACUUGGAAAGCCAUUAUUUCAAGGUACAUCCACUUUUAAUCAAUUAGAACGCAUUCUUCAACAUAUUCCAACGCCAAGUCAAUCGGAUAUUGCUUGUAUCCCAUCACAAUAUGGUCCUAGCGUGUUAGAACGUGCCUCAUCAGGACCAAAAAAAUCACUUGAUAAUCUAAUUCCACAUAUUACCGAUGAAUCUCUAGAUUUACUCCGUCGUCUUCUACAAUUUAAUCCUGAUAAGAGGAUCACAGCACAAGAAGGUCUUCAACAUAGUUAUGUUGCUUCAUUUCAUAAUCCAAAAGAAGAAAUCACCAAAGGUUACGAUGUUGUUCCACAAUUGAGUGAUGAUAUACAACUAACUGUUGAUGAAUAUCGAAGAAAACUAUAUGAAUUCAUUCGCUUACGUGAAGUUUCAGCCAAAUUACCAACAAAUACAGCUUCAAACUCUAAUUAUACUACCGAUGCUCAACCUACCAAAUCACGUGAUCCUUCUACAGAUCCACCCCAACGCCAUGGAGCCAGUGCUUAUAUCGAUCAGCCUGAAAAUGAAACUUAUAAACAAGCACCCACAACUAAACAAGAUCCAUAUAAUCAACAACGAGGAACGUAUUCCAAUCAACAUCAAUCAAAUACAACUGAGAAUAACAAAACCCGUCAGGUCUACAAACAAGAUUCAACUGACAAUAACCAAUAUCCAAAUGAACAACCAGAGUAUUCCAAGCCGAGUACAAAUUAUUCGGGAUUGCUUGGACGAUCAAAUAGUUAUACUGGCUCCCAACCGAAUCUAGCGCAACCGAGAGUCAUGAGCGGAAAGCAACGAAAUUUGCCAACUACUUCUACUGCAUAUCAAAGAACUAACAAUGGAACUGUUUCGCGCGAAAGAACAUCGGUGGCUAAUCGAGCUUUUCGUUCUGGCUCAGCUCCGACACCAACUCCACCAAAACAAUCACAAAAUGGAUCCAAUAAUUAUUAUAUUCGUCGUCCAACGGUCGUAUUCAAUGAUGAACGUUCUGGCCCAAGUGAGAAAAGCACUGGUGCACAAGCAAGAGUUAACCAAAAAUUUAUGUCAAGUCUUCGUCCAGGUUCAGCAGCUGACACGCGUUCAAAAUCUCGUUUACAGUCUGCAUCUCCUGCUCCACAAUCCUAUUUGAACACAUCACCUUCAGCCUUUGGAUCAACAUAUGGUCAUCAACAACAAGCGCGUCGACCAGCCUAUUCCAAUCAAUCCAACAUGACAUCGUCGAUGAUGGCACGAGAUAAUUUUGGUGGUUACAAUCAAGCCAUGGGUACGAUCACUCAGAAUGGACUUCGCGUACUCGAUGGACUACUUCAUAAUUCAUAG